CCUCGUUGAGGGAGUUGGGGUUGUAAGGAUUGGGAUUUGGUGUUGAAUGAGAUAUGGGGGUGGUGAUGCAAGUGAUCAUUGUCCAGCUGGUUCUGCUCUGUAUCAUCAGCUUUGCUUCAGCCGUCCAGGGAUCUGCAGGGUACAACAUGUCUCCAUCUACUGAGAAUUUCUCUGCUAUUACUCCAAUAGAAGCAGAGCCUCCUGCCCAUCAAAUGAAGCCACUCAAUAGCAGCCCGCCAAGUUCAUCACUUGGGUCAACUUCGCUCUCUCCACUAGCAGCACCACCUCUUUUUUCUUCCUCGCCAUCCCCAGACCAAAGAAGCACGGUUGAAAAUGCACCGAGCUCCAUAUCUCAGCCCAGUGGGUCUAUGUCACAACCUCCACUUGCGUCACCACCUUUGUCUGCUUCGCCGCCUCCGAAGACCACAGAACUUGUACCAUUCUUGUCUCCAAGUAAUCCAAAUUCAUCUUUUUCGCACCCCUUGGCACCUCCACCGAUGAGUAUCGAAAGAGGGGCUUUGGCUCCCCCACCAAGUGAAUCUCCUGAGAAGGCACCAGUACAAGUAACUCCUGCAGUCUCUUUAGCUCCUGCUCCUACUUUAACACCUACAAAACAUCCACCUGCAUAUUCACCAGUAGACAAUGAUAGUAUUCCUGUAACUUUCCCACCAGCUGGACACAAAAGAAAUGAUUCGGUAGUCCAUAGUCCUGUCCCAGAAGCGAGUGUCCCAGCAUCAUUUCCAUCUCCCCCGAGAAAAAUAGGACAAAGUCCACCAGCGGAACGUCCCAUGAUGCCUCAUAUCACACCACCUAUGCCACCAGCAUCAUUUCCAUCUCCCCCAAGAAAAAUAGGACAAGGUCCACCAGCGGAACGUCCCAUGAUGCCUCAUAUCACACCACCUAUAUCACCAGUACCAGCAGCAUCUCCGUCAAAGGAGGGGAUACUAAAUUCCCCGUCGGUCCACCCACACGCACCUAAAGAAUCUCCGUCAGGCCGCCACAUAUCUCCUGCAUCAACUCCGCUGAAAAAAAAAGACAAGAUGCCUGCUGCUCCACCCUCAAAUAAUGCUCCCACUGAUCUGCCUCCCAGGCAACAUCCACCUAAAGGUUCUUUUUAUGCUGUAUCUCCUUCUUUGCACAAAGCCAGUGCUCCUGCUCCCUCUCUUUUGCCUCCUCCAAGCGAAGGGCAUCAUUCGCCCGCAUCUUUACCUCCAGCUUCAUUUGUUAACCAUCAUCAUGCUCGGAAGGCUGUACUACCCCCAAGCCAUUCGCCUUUGCCAUCUAAAGGUUCAUCUGGCGGCAUAGCUCCUUCCCCACACAAAACCGGUCAUAUCUCUGCUGAUGCUCCAUUGCCUCCUCCAUUACCUUCCAGCAAAGGGCAUCAUUUUUCUGCAAAUUCGCCCUUGCCCUCAUCUAAUAUGCAUCGUAAGACAGGGAAGAAAAUUAGCAGUCCUCCUCCUUUCUCCGACCAUUCAGCUUCUUCUCCAGGCCCAGUUUCCGCUCCAGCUACACUUCCAAAACACAAACAAAGACACAAUGCUCCUCCAUCACCAAGUCCAGGCUCUUUGGUUUCUCCACCCCAUUUCACCAAUCCUCCUUUGAAGAGUGAUUUACCACCGGCACCUUCUCCAUCUCCCAAAACUGUGCCUGGCCAUCCCAAAAUUUCUCCUUCUAAGCCUCCACUAACAAAUCUCAUAGUGCCACCUCCGCCUCCUAUUCGGGCAUUACCGCCCCCACCUCCAAAUGAAGAUUGUUCAGCAACAACGUGCACAGAGCCAUACACAAAUACUCCUCCUGGGUCUCCUUGUGGCUGCGUAUGGCCUAUGCAAGUUGGUCUGCGCCUCAAUGUUGCUCUUUAUACUUUCUUCCCCUUGGUUUCAGAGUUGGCUGAAGAAAUUGCUUCAGGGGUGUUUAUGAAGCAAAGUCAAGUCCGCAUAAUGGGGGCAAACGCUGCCACUGAGCAGCCUGAGAAAACUGUUGUGCUAAUCGACUUGGUACCGCUAGGGAACAAAUUCGAUAAUACCACCGCUUUCUUGACUUUCGAGAGAUUUUGGCAUAAGCAGAUCUUCAUAAAUGCUUCCUACUUCGGUGAUUAUGAAGUACUGUAUGUGCGAUAUCCUGGAUUACCUGCAUCACCGCCUUUGCCCCCAGAUGCUUCAAUGAUUGAUGGUGGGCCCUACUCCGGCAAUGACAAUAAUGCAAGAACAAAUAAACCUCUCGGGGUAGAUGUGCAGAAGGGGCAGCAUAAUCACGGGUUAAGUGGUGGUGCGGUUGCUAUUAUUGUCCUAUCUGCCCUUGUUGCUAUUGUUUUAUGCUCUGUUGCUGGUUGGAUUUGGAUAAUGAAACACAGAGAUCGAGUUGUUCAACCUGCACCGGCUCCACAGGCAUUGUUACCAUCUGUCGUAAAGUCACCAGUUAUGCCAGGGUCUAUCCUUGGAAGUGGCCCAAGCUCUGCCUCGUUGUCAUUUGGAUCUAGCUUACCGACUUAUGCUGGGUCAGCUAAAACUUACAGCGUGAGUGACAUUGAAAAAGCUACUGAUCAUUUCAAUGAGUCAAGAGUACUUGGCGAAGGUGGCUUUGGGCGUGUAUACAGUGGCAUUCUUGAAGAUGGGACCAAAGUAGCUGUGAAAGUUCUGAAGAGGGAGGAUCAACAGGGCGGCCGGGAAUUUUUAGCUGAAAUCGAGAUGCUUAGCCGCCUACAUCACAGGAAUCUUGUCAAGCUGAUUGGUAUAUGUGCGGAGGAACGUGUCCGCUGCCUUGUGUACGAACUUAUUCCAAAUGGCAGUGUGGAAUCUCAUUUGCAUGGAGUUGACAAGGAAGCUGCCCCACUAGAUUGGGGUGCUAGGAUGAAGAUAGCGCUUGGUUCUGCUCGUGGUUUAGCCUAUUUGCAUGAGGACUCGAGCCCGCGUGUUAUACAUAGGGACUUCAAGGCCAGCAACAUAUUAUUGGAACAUGAUUUUACACCCAAAGUGUCGGAUUUUGGUUUGGCUCGCACUGCUAUGGAUGAGGAAAAUAGACACAUCUCUACACGUGUCAUGGGAACCUUCGGGUAUGUUGCUCCCGAAUAUGCCAUGACAGGGCAUCUUCUCGUGAAAAGCGACGUCUACAGUUACGGAGUUGUACUCCUAGAGCUCCUGACAGGAAGAAAGCCAGUCGACAUGUCACAACCACCCGGUCAAGAGAACCUGGUCGCCUGGGCUCGUCCGCUACUCACUAGCAGAGAAGGGCUAGAAGCAAUGCUAGACCAAUCUCUGGGACCUAACGUCCCCUUCGAUAGUGUGGCCAAAGUGGCGGCGAUCGCUUCGAUGUGCGUGCAGCCUGAGGUAUCACACCGUCCUUUCAUGGGUGAGGUCGUGCAGGCGCUAAAACUAGUAUGUAAUGAGUGCGAGUGCGACGAGUCUAGAGAGGCCGGUUCCAGAAGCUCUAGCCGGGAAGACUUGUCCAUUGAGUUGGAUCCCAGGGCUGGUGCUGGCUCUGGACAGUUAGAGCAUCAUCCUUUGCAAGGCCGAUACUCAGAUCCGGACUACGAUUCUGUCAGUAAUAGCGAGCGAGGAAUGUUGGUUUCAGAUUUUCUCGGCACAUCAACAGGGUACACGAGGCCCAUCUCAGGUCCAUUGCGGAGGUAUUCGAGCUCGGGUCCUAUGAGAGCGGGAAGAGGAAGGCAUUUUUGGGAGAGACUGAGAACAUUGUCCGGGGGCAGCGCGAGUGAACACGGCUCAUUUCUGGGGUUAUGGCCAGGUUCCAACUGAGGGAGCUUUCUUAGGCGACAAGAAUCGACUCAAGUUCCAUCCUGUCACGAUUUUUUUGUUCUUGAAAUUUUGCGGAUCAACCAGCAUGGCGGUCCUCCACUCCCAACAACGGCUCGCAUCAGCUGGCGAUCACAAGACAGGAGAACCAGCCGGUGCGAACCGACAGCCCGGUGUAAAUGGUCGGCACUGACGGGAUGUCAUCAGACCGACCGUGAUAAGCCAUGCGAAGCAGGAGCUGCUACAGAUGAAGCUUUUCGCUGAGGCUGCGAAUGCAGGGUUAUGCUACUUAUGGAGGGGAAGGACUUGUUUGAUUCAGUGUAAAUUUCUUCUGUUGACUUGUAACUGGAGAGAGAAAAGAUCGCUGGAAUGAUUAGCUCCAACUGCUGACAUGUACAGAACGUUAACCGCAUCUUGUCAAUGAGCUCCUCAAUGGAAAGAGGUCAUGUUGAGUCAGUGUCAUA